AAGAAGGGCGAGAUCACAGGGGAGGUUCGGAUGCCCUCAGGCAAGGUGGCGCAGCCAGCCAUCACUGACAAUAAAGAUGGCACCGUGACCGUACGGUAUGCACCCAGCGAGGCUGGCCUGCACGAGAUGGACAUCCGCUAUGACAACAUGCAUAUCCCAGGAAGCCCCUUGCAGUUCUAUGUGGAUUAUGUCAACUGCGGCCAUGUCACUGCCUAUGGGCCUGGCCUCACCCACGGAGUAGUGAACAAGCCUGCCACCUUCACCGUCAACACCAAGGAUGCAGGAGAGGGGGGCCUGUCUCUGGCCAUCGAGGGCCCGUCCAAAGCAGAAAUCAGCUGCACUGACAACCAGGAUGGGACAUGCAGCGUGUCCUACCUGCCUGUGCUGCCGGGUGACUACAGCAUCCUAGUCAAGUACAAUGAACAGCACAUCCCAGGCAGCCCCUUCACGGCCCGGGUCACAGGUGAUGACUCCAUGCGUAUGUCCCACCUAAAGGUGGGCUCUGCUGCCGACAUUCCCAUCAACAUCUCAGAGACAGAUCUCAGCCUGCUGACAGCCACUGUGGUCCCGCCCUCAGGCCGGGAGGAGCCCUGUUUGCUGAAGCGGCUGCGUAAUGGCCACGUGGGGAUUUCAUUCGUGCCCAAGGAGACAGGGGAGCACCUGGUGCAUGUGAAGAAAAACGGCCAGCACGUGGCCAGCAGCCCCAUCCCGGUGGUGAUCAGCCAGUCGGAAAUCGGGGAUGCCAGUCGCGUUCGGGUCUCUGGCCAGGGCCUUCAUGAAGGCCACACCUUUGAGCCUGCGGAGUUUAUCAUUGAUACCCGAGAUGCAGGCUAUGGUGGGCUCAGCCUGUCCAUUGAGGGCCCCAGCAAGGUGGACAUCAACACAGAGGACCUGGAGGACGGGACGUGCAGGGUCACCUACUGCCCCACAGAGCCUGGCAACUACAUCAUCAACAUCAAGUUUGCCGACCAGCAUGUGCCUGGCAGCCCCUUCUCUGUGAAGGUGACAGGUGAGGGCCGGGUGAAAGAGAGCAUCACCCGCAGGCGACGGGCUCCUUCAGUGGCCAACGUUGGCAGUCAUUGUGAUCUCAGCCUAAAGAUCCCUGAAAUUAGCAUCCAGGAUAUGACAGCCCAGGUGACCAGCCCAUCGGGCAAGAGCCAUGAGGCCGAGAUCGUGGAAGGGGAGAACCACACCUACUGUAUCCGCUUUGUUCCUGCUGAGAUGGGCACACACACAGUCAGCGUCAAGUACAAGGGCCAGCACGUGCCUGGGAGCCCCUUCCAGUUCACCGUGGGGCCCCUAGGGGAAGGGGGAGCCCACAAGGUCCGAGCUGGGGGCCCUGGCCUGGAGAGGGCUGAAGCUGGAAUGCCAGCCGAAUUCAGUAUCUGGACCCGGGAAGCUGGUGCCGGAGGCCUGGCCAUUGCUGUCGAGGGCCCCAGCAAGGCUGAGAUCUCUUUCGAGGACCGCAAGGACGGCUCCUGUGGUGUGGCUUAUGUGGUCCAGGAGCCAGGUACUGGGAACCCGGCUGGGGUUGGAGGAGGUGGGGCCUGAGUGUGGGUAUUGGACCCAGGGAUUGCACAGAUGGCCCUGCGUGGCACUCACUCUUCACUUUCAGGUCCCAGGGCCACCCAGGCUGUUCGUGGGAGGCGGGAGGCCCAAAG